AUGCGGUGUAGGCUGCUCCGUUCUUCUUGCCUGCUCCAGCGGCUACACACGAGGCCGCAGCGACCCUUGAGCAGCAAGGUCGUCGGCUCUGCGAGCGAGGCGGUUGCCGACGUGCCGGCCGGCGCCACACUGCUGGUGGGCGGCUUUGGCCUCUCCGGCGUGCCGGAGAACUUGAUAACUGCGCUGCGCGACCGCGCUUGCGGUGGACUCACCGUCGUCAGCUCCAACGUGGGCACGAGCGAGCGCGGGCUCGGGCUGCUCUUCCAGACAAGGCAGAUCGCAAAGGUGGUCUCGGCGUACGUGGGAGAGAACGACGCGUUCGAGCAGCAGUUCCUGAACGGCGAGAUCGAGGUCGAGCUCGUGCCGAUGGGCACCCUCGCCGAGCGCAUGCGCGCCGCCGGCGCGGGCAUUCCCGCCUUCUUCACCAAGACUGGGGCGGGGACGUGGCAUCACUUGGGAGGGAUGCCGCAGCGGUACGCGCCGGACGGCUCUCGCGCCGUCGUGCAGGCUUCCGAGCCGAAGCCGUCGCGCGCCUUCGCAGUGCCGGGCGGCGGCGGCGGCGAGACGGCCGAAUACGUGAUGGAGGAGGCGCUCGGCGGCGACUUCGCGCUUGUCAAGGCGUGGAAGGCGGACACCGAAGGCAACCUCGUCUACCGCAAGACGGCGCGCAACCACAACCCCGCCAUCGCCACCGCCGGCCGCGUCACCAUCGCCGAGGUCGAGGAGGUCGUCGCCGCGGGCGAGCUCGACCCGGACGAGGUUCACACCCCGGGCAUCUACGUCGACCGCGUCGUGCAGGGGGAGCGAAUGGGCGUCAUCGAGCGGCUCACCCUCGCCGACGACCCCUCCACCUCCACCUUCUCGCCGCGCACAAAGCCGGCCGACGCGCUGCGCGAGCGCAUCGUCAAGCGCGCGGCGCUCGAGCUGCGGGACGGCGACUACGUCAACCUCGGCAUCGGGAUGCCGACCCUCAUCUCGGACUACGUGCCAGGCGCCGCCACUAGCCGUCGAGAAGACAUCAACCCGAGAUUAGGCGCCGGCCCCUUCCCGCUCCGCGGCGCCGAGGACUGCGACCUGAUCAACGCCGGCAAGCAGACGGUGACGGCGUUGCCUGGCGCCUCCUUCUUCAGCGCCGACACCUCCUUCGCGAUGAUCCGCGGAGGCCACUGCGACGUGACGGUGCUCGGCACGAUGGAGGUGGCCGCCAACGGCGACAUGGCCAACUACCUGAUCCCGGGCAAGCUUGUCAAGGGGAUGGGCGGGGCGAUGGACCUCGUGUCGUCGGGCUCAAAGGUCAUUGUGACCAUGGAGCACACCGACCGCAAGGGGAACCCGAAGGUGCUGCCGCGCUGCACGCUCCCGCUCACUGGCCAGCGGGUUGUCUCGCUCAUCAUCACGGAGAAGGCCGUGUUCGAGGUGAAGCCGGACGGCGCGGGCCUGCUCCUGGCGGAGGUCGGGGAGGGGGAGACGGUCGAGUCGGUGCGGGCCGCGACCGCCGCCGACUUUGACGUCUCCGACGCCCUCAGGCCCAUGCGGCAGUAG